UCUCUCCCAUUCCUCCUCCUCCUCCUCCUGUUGCAGCAUCAGCAAUACACACAGCCAUCGCAGCUCGAACCACACGCGAAUCGUCGCCGAUUCGAGCUCCCGGUCUACGUGCGUGCGCCAGCUGCGGUGCCCGGUCGUAUGAGAAGCCGCGCGUAGCCCUCCUCCUCCUCCUCCUCCUCCCCCCAAAGAAAUCGCGCGCGCGGCCGGGGGAUCGGCAAUGCGAGUCAAGGAGCUGCACCCCCUCUGCUGCAUCUCCCUCGAGAGCGCCGGCGUCGGCCGCGCCUCGCCGGACGUCCCGCUCGCCCGGGCCCGGAGCAUGCCGGCCGGCUCCCUCGCCCUCCCAGGCGGAUCCGACGGCGGCGUCGCCGGCCGCCCGCCGCCGGGAUCUGAGCCGAUCGUCGCCGGGGUCCUGUACAAGUGGACGAACUACGGCAAGGGUUGGAGAUCGCGGUGGUUCCUGCUGCGGAACGGCACGCUGUCGUACUCGAAGAUACGGCGGACGGAUAGCCUGAAUCUGCUGCCGCCAGAGGACGACGUCAGGUUGAUCGGAGGCAUUCCGGUCGAUAAGGUUCCGAGGGCCGAUGGCGGGAGUUGCAGGCGGAAGCCCCAGAAGACCGUCGGCAUUGUACAGCUUAAGAUCUCGUCAUUUAGAGAAAGCAAGUCCGAUGACCGGCGUUUCUACAUAUUUACAGCAACAAAAACCCUUCAUUUAAGAACUGAUUCUAAAAGAGACCGGGUGGCUUGGAUGCAAGCCUUGAUCUCGACCAGAAGCCUGUUUCCGUCCAGAUCGCUUAGAGAUGACUACUCUCUGGUACCAAAUGAUCUGUCUAUAUCAACUGAUAAACUGAGGAAGCGCUUAAUUCAAGAGGGACUCUGCGAAAAUGCUGUGACGGAUUGCGAACAGAUCGUGCUAUCUGAGUUUUCUGAAGUACAAGGACAACUUCAAUUGCUUUGCGAAGAACGAACGAAUUUGCUUGACACACUCAGACAACUUGAGGCGGCUAAUUUAGAAGCUGAAGCCCCUGGGAUUAAUGAUGCUGAUUACGUGUUGCCAAAACAUGAGUUUUCCAGCAUAGGCCGUGGAAAGUAUUGUGAAUGCAGCACUACUGCAUCGUCUGAUGACAUUGAGAAACAAGAAGCUGAGGAGGUUUCAGAUGAAGAUUACACAUCAUAUUUUGAUACAGAAGAGUAUUUUACUGAACCUUCUGUUACCAGUGGGCUGGUAAGGAAAACAACCCAUGCAGAUAAUGGAUGCAAGGACAUCGAAAGUCAGCAUGUGAAGGAAAUGCAUACAGAGGAAGAAGUUUGUGAUACUGAAAUAUUUUCUUCUGGUAGACGGAAGAAGCUGCCUGAUCCAGUAGAGAAAGAGAAAGGAGUCAGUCUAUGGUCACUGAUCAAAGACAAUGUGGGAAAAGACCUUACCCGAGUUUGUCUCCCUGUUUAUUUCAAUGAGCCAAUUUCAUCCCUUCAGAAAUGCUUUGAGGACUUCGAAUAUUCAUAUCUUUUAGAUCAAGCAUACGAGCAUGGAAAAGCGCAGGGUAACAGUCUCCUAAGGAUUCUGAAUGUUGCAGCUUUUGCCGUUUCUGGGUAUGCUUCAUCUAAAGGGCGGCAUUGCAAACCCUUCAACCCUUUACUGGGGGAAACUUAUGAAGCUGACUAUCCUGAGAGAGGAGUUCGCUUCUUUUCUGAGAAGGUUAGUCACCACCCAACUCUCAUUGCUUGCCAUUGUGAAGGAAGAGGAUGGAAAUUCUGGGGUGACAGCAAUUUAAGGACAAAAUUUUGGGGACAGUCUAUUCAGCUUGAUCCUGUGGGAGUACUUACCAUUGAGUUUGAUGAUGGCGAGAUUUUUCAGUGGAAUAAGGUAACAACUAGCAUCAACAAUCUUAUAAUUGGAAAAGUUUACUGUGAUCAUCACGGCGUCAUGAAUGUACAUGGUAACCGCCAAUAUUCAUGCAAAUUAAAGUUCAAAGAGCCAUCUAUUCUUGACCGAACUCCUCACCAGGUCCAUGGAAUUGUUGAAGAUGUCACAGGGAGAAAAGUUGCCACGAUAGUUGGGAAAUGGGACGAGGCCAUAUACUAUGUAGAUGGGGAGGGGACCAGGAAGCUAAAGAAUUAUAGUGACGCAUCUUUAUUGUGGAAGUGUAACAAGCGGCCACCUACUCCCACUAGAUACAACAUGUCGUCAUUUGCAAUUACGCUAAAUGAGUUAACUCCAGGAUCGCAGAUUAAGGAGAAGCUUCCACCUACGGAUUCCAGACUCAGGCCUGACCAGCGUCAUUUGGAAAAUGGAGAGUACGAGAAGGCAAAUGUGGAGAAACAGCGUUUGGAGAAGAGGCAGAGAAUGUCAAGGCAAUUGCAAGAAAAUGGGUGGAAGCCCAGAUGGUUCCAGAGACAGGGUGAGAGUGGACCUUUUCGCUAUGUUGGUGGCUAUUGGGAAGCGCGCCAACAUUGCAAAUGGGAAGGAUGCCCAGAUAUCUUUGGCGAGUUUUGUGAUGAUACUGGGGAAUCCACUUGUAACUCUUAAUGUCAAGUCAGGAAGAAUCCUGAAGAGUUACCAUCAAGUUGUGCAGACGAAGAAGCCUUUUCAUGCGACGUCCAGUUCAAGGGGGUCACAUUCGAGAUUUGAUUCCUAGUCCAAAAGUUGGAGAACUAAUCUCUUAGAUUCAAGUCCAAUCGUCAAAUUGGACUUCGAUAAUUAUUCUUUUCUAGUGGGGGGGCAUCUAUGUGAGAUGCAGUUUCAUACGGCCCCCCGGUCUUCAGUAAUUUCUACAAAGAAGAACUGCCUUUGGCUCACGCUCAUUCAGUGGAAAUUGCUUUUGUUUAAGAAUAAGAAGGGGGAGAGAUGGAAAUGUGCUGUCCA